UGCGCCGGCGUCUCGUUGGCUGUUUCUGCUGCUUGCUGCCGCCCAUUGGCUGCCCGGGCCGUCAGUCGAGGUUGGACGUGCGCGGCGGGCAGAGGGGUGCUCGGCGGGGCGUUCCCGCCGCGGCCGUCCCGCUGCCGUCCCUCACCGCCUCUCCAUGAGCGCCGCCUCCGCCUAGUCCCGCCCCGCCCGGCGGCCGGCCUCGGCUCGGGCUCUCCCUGCCACCACCACAGCCGCCACCAGCGGAGGCAGCGGCGCGCCCCGCGGCAGGAGAGGAUGAAGGUGACCGUGGACUUCGAGGAGUGCCUGAAGGACUCGCCGCGCUUCAGGGAGUAGUGUGGACAUAAAGCACCUUCCUGUGCUGUGUUCCUCAUAACAAAGCAGAGCUGCAGCUUCCUCCUGAUCUUGAUGAGUAGGGCAGCUUUAGAAGAAGUAGAAGGAGAUGUGACAGAACUGGAACUGAAACUUGACAAGCUGGUGAAGCUGUGUAUUGCAAUGAUUGAUACCGGGAAAGCAUUCUGUACAGCCAACAAGCAGUUCAUGAAUGGAAUUCGAGACCUUGCACAAUAUUCCUGUAAAGAUGCAUUGGUUGAGACCAGCUUGACAAAGUUCUCUGAUACCUUACAGGAAAUGAUCAAUUAUCACAAUAUCCUGUUUGACCAAACCCAAAGGUCAAUUAAAGCACAGCUUCAGACUUUCGUUAAAGAAGAUAUUAGGAAAUUUAAAGAUGCUAAGAAACAGUUUGAAAAAGUUAGUGAAGAAAAAGAGAAUGCUCUAGUGAAAAAUGCACAAGUUCAAAGGAAUAAGCAACAUGAAGUAGAGGAAGCAACCAAUAUUUUGACUGCAACACGGAAAUGUUUUCGACACAUAGCUCUGGAUUAUGUUCUUCAGAUCAAUGUUCUUCAGUCUAAAAGGAGAGCAGAAAUCUUGAAAUCGAUGUUAUCAUUUAUGUAUGCCCAUCUGGCUUUUUUCCAUCAAGGCUACGAUCUUUUUAGUGAACUUGAGCCUUACAUGAAAGAUCUUGGUGCACAGCUGGAUCAGUUGGCUGUAGAUGCUGCAAAGGAGAAGAGAGAUAUGGAGCAAAAGCACUCCACUAUUCAACAAAAGGAUUAUUCCAGUGAUGAUACUAAACUAGAAUACAAUGUAGAUGCAGCCAAUGGUAUUGUUAUGGAAGGCUAUCUAUUUAAGCGAGCCAGCAAUGCCUUCAAGACUUGGAACAGGAAAAAGCCAGAUCACAUCAGGCGCUGGUUCUCAAUACAAAAUAACCAACUUGUGUACCAGAAGAAAUUUAAGGAUAAUCCCACAGUAGUUGUUGAAGACUUGAGGCUUUGCACAGUUAAGCACUGUGAAGACAUAGAAAGACGUUUCUGUUUUGAGGUGGUUUCUCCAACAAAAAGCUGCAUGCUUCAGGCGGACUCAGAAAAGCUGCGGCAGGCAUGGAUUAAAGCUGUUCAGACCAGUAUUGCUACAGCAUAUAGAGAGAAAGGGGAUGAAUCUGAGAAACAGGAAAAGAAAUCAUCCCCUUCUGCUGGAAGCCUAGAAUCUGGGAGUGAGACAAAAGAGAAGUUGUUAAAGGGGGAAAGUGCUCUGCAGCGAGUUCAGUGUAUUCCUGGUAAUGCUGCCUGCUGUGAUUGUGGUUUGGCAGAUCCUCGCUGGGCCAGUAUCAACUUAGGAAUCACGCUGUGCAUUGAGUGCUCCGGGAUACACAGGAGCUUGGGAGUCCACUUUUCAAAAGUAAGAUCUUUAACACUGGAUUCAUGGGAACCUGAACUUCUAAAGCUUAUGUGUGAAUUGGGAAAUGAUGUUAUAAAUAGAAUUUAUGAAGCCAAGUUGGAAAAAGUGGGAGUAAAGAAGCCACAACAUGGAAGCCAAAGGCAGGAGAAGGAGGCAUACAUCAGAGCAAAAUAUGUGGAAAGAAAGUUUGUAGAGAAGCAGCCUGCAUCAGUAUCUCUGCCUCAAUCUGGAACAAAAGGUUUGCCUCAAAGUAAGGAAGAGAAAAGGCACAGUGGCCCUGAAAAAUCCCUUUUGGCAGGGGAACAGGGUGUGGCAGCCCAUAAAGCGGUUGCUGUAAGUAGCGACGAGGCGAGGCGGGAGUCUCUGUUCUGUCCCGAUGAACUAGAUUCACUCUUCUCCUACUUUGAUACCUCUUCAAAACUACGUAGUAUGCAAAGCAGUGACAGUGGGAUCCAGCAGAGUGUUAAUGACAGCAGAGAACACCUUGCCUCUACUAUAUCAGCCAACAGCUUGUAUGAACCAGAAGGAGACAAGCACGAGUCUUCUGUGUUCUGCAACUCUAAGCAGCAUAGUCCAGGAUUGCAGCUGUAUCAAGCUGCCUUUGAGAAGAAUCUUCCUGAUAUGGCGGAAGCAUUGGCUCAUGGAGCUGAAGUAAACUGGGUCAACCUAGAAGAAAACAAAGCAACACCACUCAUUCAGGCAGUGCGAGGGGGUUCAUUGGUUACUUGUGAGUUUUUGCUGCAGAAUGGGGCCAAUGUGAACAUCAGGGACAUGAAGGGAAGGGGACCUCUGCACCACGCCACAGUUCUAGGACACACUGGACAAGUGUGUUUAUUCCUAAAACGAGGAGCAAACCAGCAUGCCACUGAUGAAGAUGGGAAGGAUCCAUUGAGUAUAGCAGUAGAAGCUGCAAAUGCAGAUAUUGUAACAUUGUUGCGUUUAGCAAGGAUGAAUGAAGAAAUGCGUGAAUCAGAAGGACUCUAUGGACAGCCAGGAGAUGAAAUUUAUCAGGACAUUUUCCGUGACUUUUCUCAAAUGGCAUCAAAUAAUCCAGAGAAGCUAAACCGUUUCCAGCAGUCAGAUUCCCAGAAGUCUUAAGUGUCAAGAAGAAAAAUAACCUGAUCCUUGUAGUGCAAGUCAUUUUUUACUUUAACAGAAUGAAUUAUACAUGUUUUGUUAGAUAGUUUGGGUAAAAUGACCAUUCCAGUGUAGCUUUAGAUUGUGGUAGCUGGGGGAAAGUAUGAGUUGUUUUAUGUUCUACAGUAUGUAUACCUCAGCAGCUGAAGAAAAUGUUUAUAAAAAGGAAUACCUGCUAGCUCAGUAUAAAAACAGUACCUGUUAGCAAAGUGCAAACCUUGUCUGUGGUUCGUACCAUAAGGUAGCAGAGCAAAGCUGCGUGCAUUGCAGACUCUGGAUGGCAGGAUGAUCAGACCAGCUUUGCUAUUUAGUGUCUGCCUACUGUCAUCUGUCUCCCUGUUGCUGUAAAGAAUGUGCCUCUGACAAGAAGGUCUGGAUUGCAUUUUCUGGGACUGUUUGGAAGGGAAAUCAGGUAACGACUGACUUGGUUGUCCUUCUGUUUGUGGGUCUGUAACUUAGCAGAUUCUCUUGUUCCUAUGCUGACCCUGGUUAGAGGUAGGCUAUUAAUAACAAGAUGUGGUAAUUCCUGUUCUUUUGCAAGCUCUUUCACAGUGGAAGCUUUUACACCAGGCUGGCCUUUAUGCUAGUGGCUGCGGGUCAGUCACAAUAGGUAUAUAUCCUGGAGGACCAAACUUUUAAGAGCAGUCUAUUUACCUUUUGUCUCUUAAAUGAAGCUUCCUGUGCAGCAAGUAUACUUUUAAGUAAGUAUGUGGAACCUUUAAUGAAAAAUAAACUUAAUCCUCUGGACAUGAUAUGAGAUUUGUAGUAUUUUGACAUCAAGACUUGAAAUUUGAGACAUGAAAGUAAAUAUUGAGCUAAUGGAGUUUGUGUAGAACAAACCUAGAAAGGCUAUGUGUUACUUUUUGAUGUCUUCACUACUAGCCCUAGGCUGAAUAUAUAAAAUCUCUCAUGUAAUGCAGCCACCCUAUAUUUAGGGCAAUGAGUCAUUUAUGUUGGGAAGCAGUAUCCUUUAUAUAAUCUGCAAAGAUGUGUAUGUAUAUCUGUCUAAACUAAAAUAUGCACAAGAUGACCUAGGAGUUUCACUGCACGUUUCGUAAAGUAAUGAUGAACAUAGUCUCCAGCUGUGUUCCGAGGACAGCGACACAACUUGCUUGAUUCAGGAGUGAGCUCCACUCUGAAAAUGUGCAUGCAUAAAUGGUGUCUCUAGAUACAUGCUUGUGUCAGGUUAUUUAAUACCUGGAUAGCAAUCACCUGAAGCCCAAAACUAGCAAAUGCAAUUCUUUAUGCUCUGUCUACCUUGUGGACAACUCAAAGAGAAUUUUUAGGCAGCAUAGCAUCAAUGUGAGGUUUUAAUAAUCCUAACAGCCAUGGCAUUAUGCUAACCUGCUAUUUAAAUAUAGUCUGGAAAUGAUUUUUUUUUUUUUUCCUCCAAGCUGGCUAAGAUCAGCAAAAUUGGGUACAAAAAUUCUGUAACCUAUGGUAAAAUUAAACUUUCUGACAUGUUAAAUUUUAACAAGACACUUCAAAUAUUUAUAAUUUUGCAUCAAACAUAUAAUAACGCAUCACAUCUGGAUUAUUAUUGCUGCAAAGUUAAUAGCAUUUUAGAAUUGUCCAAUAGAUUCUUUCUCCAAGCAGAAGAAUAUUACAAGCCAUUUGUUACUUCAUGUGUGGUCUUAUUGUGCUAGGAAAAGCAGAAUCUGCCCAUUUAAAGAGUCCAUAUAGUCUGAAUAAUAAGAAAUUUAGGAAUAUCACCUGUAAGUAGUAAUUUCAAGUAAGUUAAAUAGCUAUCUGAAAUGAUGAUAUACUUCCUAAUCUGCAGUAUUUAGCAGCAGUGGAUGUUUUAGUAGACCUUAGAGAAAGUAAAAUUCCCAGUGUACAGAUGGGACAAUGUAACUAUGUAUAGUAUACACUUUAGACAUAGUUUUUUCUACAGAUUUGUCUUUUGAAGCCUACAUGACAGGCAUGCCAUAUGUAGUGCGAUUGGCUGUAAUGUAAAGCUACAUAAAACUUAAUGGCAUAAUCACUGUCUCAAUCGAUACUGCUGGAAAAUGUUUGAGACACUUCCACUAGUAUUUUCCUUCUCAGCUGCAAAAAUCUGUGACAAAUUUUGCAGGAUGACUUCCUGUAGACAAAGAAGUUUCUUUCCUGUAGCUCUGCAGAUCAGUGUGCUUCAUUCCCAAAUCCCAUCUGUCUGAGAAGCAGUUUCAGUCUAUUUAUGCCAAAGGACUACUAACAUACCUGACCCACAGGUUGUAUUACUUCUUGUCAGGAGCUCCGGAGUUUUAAUGGUUCAGGGAGUAUGUGUGUCACUUCUGAUCCUGCAGCCUUGUUCCCCAAUCCUUACAGGAACGCUAGGAUGUCCUACUUACAUUUAGUUAAAGCUUUUUAUUUUUUUUUUCCCAGAUCAGGUUCAAUACAUGUUAGUAUGUUGCUCAUCAGCGAAAAUGCUAUUAAGUUACAUGAAAUGUAUUGAGGGCUUAGUCCUACGAGACAUGGGACAGCUCAGUGCUCUGAAGCCUCUCUAACUCACAGGACUUAACCCCCAAUAAUAGUACAAAGUGUGAUUAUCACCAGGGCGCUGAAGAUCUGGAUUCCAUAUCAGGUUCUCAAGUGUUAAUCUUUUACUCAGUAACAUUAGGAAACUUCCAUUUUUAUUACAAUAUAAAUCUGAGUAUAACUAGAAUAGUAGACAGGCUCUUUUGUGGGUUAUCAUCUGCUCUGUACCUGAUAUUAAAAAGCUUCAAUUCCAGUUCAUUUUUCUAUGUAGGUAUGAAAUACAGUAGGUUAUAAUUGGUGAGAUACAGAGCAGUUUAAAAUCAGCUUUCACAUGGAUUUUUAGUGAUUUACUAGAUAGUCCAUUGAAAGAUGAUUUAUUUUUCUUUAUAUAUUUUUUCCAGCCAGUGUUAUAUUAUGUGUCCCAAAAGUCUCCUGGAAAGACAGAAGUCCAUGAGCUCAACAUACAUUCUAAUGCCCCUUGAUUUCAGAGGUGUAAUUUACUUUUGUUGCAUGUUGAUGUCUGUGGCAUCUCCUUAGUGGUCUGCAUUCUUUUCAUUGUUCAUAAGGUUUCAUAUUUUAUGUUAAUGCCGGUACAGUACACUUAUUGUACUGAAUUACGCCACUGAAGUAUAUUAGACAUGGAAUUUGUUCCUAUAAAGUUGGGUGAAGGUGUUAAAUUGUAGAAGUCUGUCUUUGCUUCCACAAGCUACAGCUAUCGCAGUCCGAACACCUGUUUUGGUUGUUCAUUAGCACAUUGUGGACUUCCAUCUCCUUAGCAAUUGGGACCUAAUCCAAGAAGUCACUGAAAUCAGUGGCAGUCUUCCCCCUGGUUUCAGCAGCAUUGUACCUUCUGUGGCUUUUACUGUCGGUGCAUUAAAGGACCUGUAUGAAUACUGCAUUUUUCACUUUGGGGUUUUAUGUUUUACCUGUUUUUAUACUGAGCUGAAACAGUCCCAGAAAAUGCAUCCAGACCUUUCAAUCACUGUCAGCAAACCCCCAUACAAGAGGAAGUUUCUCCUGUUUUGCAGUAUGCUGUCAGUACGCAAAUGUUGUCCAAAUUAUGAGAGUUCUCCUGGAUGGAGCAAAAACUUUGUAGCACUGAAGAAAAAAGGAGGAGAACUAGACUUAAGGGUAGGGUUGGCUAUGAUGUUUCCCACGACUUUGGUGCUUUUCUGCAGCCAUCUGUUUUGAAGCGUGGAUGUUAACUCUGCUGCUUCAUCAUGAAAAUCUCAAGUGACACAAUAUCUGCAAAAGGACCAUUUGAAAGUUACAAAUGAUGUGCAAGUUCUAAGGAUGUCAUAUUUUUACACUGUCAAAAGGACUGAGUGCAUUAUUCUGAUUACUUAAUACACUGAAAGUACUUUGAGAGUCAGUUCUGCAAACUGCCCUCUGCCCAUUCACAGGUGGAUGCCUUUUCCCAAAUUAGAGUUCAUGCCACUUGUUUGUGCAGCCUGAGACCCGUUAAGGUCUUGCUCACACAGAAACACAUUUUUAAAACAGGGACAGCUCCAGCAAGGCAAUACUGGGGAAAAGGAUGAAUAAACCACUGCGUGUUAGCCCCUUUCCUGUGCUUGCUUUACCUUUCUGCAUACAGUAUUUUCUUGUUUCUCUUCCCAUGGAAGGAGAUGACAGAGGAGGAAAAAAAAAAACCCCACUCCCUUUUCUGUUACAAUGUCAGAUUUUCCAUGUUUUGAUAGAAAUCAUUGAGAAAUCGUUUCCUUUAGUGGAGAGGUUGCUCUGUGUGAAAGAAUGAUUUUUAUUUUUUUCCCUUUUAUCCACGUGUCCCUCUGUACUUGGUUUUUAAGCAUUCCAGCAGGAAAAUGCUUGUGGUCUCCUAUGCACUCCUCCCCUUUAAGGCGCAGCUGUAAAGAACUUACAACCAUUCAGUCAGGCUGUAGACUUUGUAUUUAAAACUUGAAUGUAGUUUUCUGUAGCCGGUCGUUGUAAAUGAGAGCAGACGCAUUUAUUACCUUUGUAGCCACUCGACUGUACAUCCCGUAACGACUGUAAAUACCGGACUUGAUUAAACCUUUGUAUGCUGUGA